UCCAUCUCAUUUCUUCAGCAUAAUGGAUUCAAGCUCUGGCGAGGUAGCCUUAGAUUUCUCACCCCUUCUCAAAAUCUACAAAGAUGGUCACGUGGAGAGGCUUAUGGGAAGCGACGUCGUUCCUGCAUCUUACGAUCCCACAACCAACGUGGAUUCCAAAGACGUCGUGAUCUCAGAAGAGCAAGACAUAUCCGCCAGAAUCUUCAUUCCCAAACUCAACGACAACCCAAACCAAAAGCUCCCUCUCCUCGUUUACUUCCACGGUGGCGGCUUCUGCAUUGAAACCCCUUCCUCACCCCCUUACCACAAUUUCCUCAACUCCCUCGUUUACAAGGCCCAAAUCAUUGCUGUCUCUGUUCAUUACCGAAGAGCCCCAGAGCACCCUGUUCCGGUCGCUUACGAUGAUUCAUGGGCCGCGAUCCAAUGGGCCGCUUCCCAUGUUAACGGAAACGGGCCUGAAGAGUGGCUCAAUCGCCACGCUGAUUUUGGGAAAACGUUCUUCGCUGGAGACAGUGCUGGUGCAAACAUCAGUCACCACAUGGGUAUUCGGGUCGGGACCCAUGGGCUUCCGGGCGUCCACCUCGAAGGGAUUGCUCUGGUGCAUACUUACUUCUGGGGCGUGGAACGGAUUGGAUCUGAGGCCCAAAAGCCGGAACAUCUGGGCAUGGUGGAUAAGUUAUGGCUCUUUUCAUGCCCUAAUUCGAGUGGAUCCGACGACCCGUUGAUCAACCCGGCUAAGGAUCCGAAUCUGGGGAAGCUGGCUUGCAAGAGAGUGCUGCUUUGUGUGGCUGAGAAUGAUUUGUUGAAGGAUAGAGGUUGGUAUUACAAGGAGUUGGUUGAGAAGAGUGGGUGGCAGGGUGUUGUGGAGGAAGUCAUGGAGGCAAAAGGAGAAGGCCACGUGUUUCAUUUGUUCAACCCAACUUGUGAAAACGCCGUCGCUUUGCUCAAUCGGAUCGCUUCCUUCAUCAAUCAACCAUAGUUAAGUACGCAAAACUUAGAAUGAAUAAUCCAAGUUUAACCUUGGAAUUUCCAGUCAAACUUCUAAACAUCAUUGGUUUACUUGCAGCUAUGAGAAUCUGGACUUUCUGUUUGUUUUAUAUGGUGGGUAUUAUAUUGUUGAUUA